ACUCUACGACUUCAGGCUCGUUACCUCAGAGUCCAUGGCUGUCGCCUGACGUGCCAUCAUCAACCACUAAUCUCAGUUGGAUUUUUUUUAGCUCUAAUUUUACGUCUAGUAUAUCUUCACAUCUUUAUUUCGGAGCAGCUCUCUUCCACUCUGACGGACUCCUACGGCUCAGCUCGUUUCCUCGAAAUCCAUGGCUGACGUCUGCGAUUCCCUCACCGAUCAGUAACCUUAUCCAAACGCUAUUCCCGCUCUAAGUCUUAAAUUUUCAUCUAUAUCUUCAUAUCUGCUCAGGUCAUACGGAGCAUCUCUACUCUAGACAUGUAGAGCUUCUAGAGCAGCGCUAUCAUCAUACUUAUUCGGCGGCGUUUCCUGACGGUGACUAUUGCAACGGCGUUUUCUGAGGGUGAUGGCCGCGACGGUUUUCGAGGAAACCAUGGAUUUUGUAGCCCGCCAUACCAUCACUGACUGGUGCAAGAUCUUCCGAACAAUCCUAUAUAGUCACUCCGAACAGCUGUAGUCGAUACAUUUCGAGAGUCUAUUCUAGUCCCUUCGAAGUUUGGAGUUAAUAUUCUGUAGUCCGGCGCAACUCAUUUCCAGGCAUGUGGAGUAGGAAUAUUCUAGUGAGCUGGAGCAGCGCUACUCUAGUCGUUUCGAGCGGCCUCGUUUCGAGCAAUCUUAAGACCGUGACGGACGACUUAUCGAGAUGGUUGGUCGUGGCACCAGAUGGUUGGUUGUAGCGAGAUUUCUCGUAGAUUCGUCUCCCGCUUUCCUUCUAAAGCGAGUCACCGGACGGUUUGGCUUUCAUGCGACCAAGAUUGCGGGAUUGGUCCCUGGUCACGGCCAAGGUGCAGACGACGGCGGCGACGGCAACGCUCGCGAUCUCACCGGCGAUCUGGCUGGCGGCUUCUAACGACGAUUACUUGCGAGACGGCGACUUAUCACGGUCAUUCGCGAAACGGUGACUUCUGACGGUUUAGGGAGACGGCGACUUCUAACAGCCAUUCUCGAAACUUCGAUUUCUGAAGGUGAUAAGCGGAACGUGCUUCUGACGGGCAUUCUCAGAACGGUGGCUUCCUGGUCAUUAGUUUGCGAAACGGCGACGAUGUUGGUUGGAAACGGCGUCGUUUGGCGGUCGCUCACGAGACGGAGACUUCUGACAAUCAGGCGUGAGACUGCGAAAUCGGACGGCCACUCGCGAGACGACGAUAUCUGACUGUCAUUAGCUGGAUGGCGGGUUCUGCCGGUCAUUCGCCAAAUGGCAACUUCUGACGGUCACUCGCAAGACGGCGACUCCAGACGAUCGUUCCCAACCUGGCGACUAUUGACGGUCAUCAGCGAGACGGCGGCUUCAACGGUCACUCGCGAGACGGCGAUUUCGGACGAUCGUUAGCGAGACAGCGGCUUCUGACGGUCACUUGCGAGACGGCGACGCGACUUCUCCCGGUAACUAGAGGAACGGCGACUUGUUUCGGUGAUUGGAAACGGCGUCUUUCGACGGUCAUUCGCAAGGCGGCGGCUCGUGACGGUCACUCGCGAAACGGCGACUUGUAACGGUCAUUCGCAAGACGGCGACUAAUGAUGGUCAUCAGCGAGACGGCGACGAAUGGCGAAGGCGAAGGGCGAACGUGCUCGAAGGACCAAGGGCGAACGUGCUCGUCGAACGCGCGAGUACGUGCUCGGAGGACGCGCCAGUCACGCGACAUGGGGUGUAAAGGCGAAGGACGACAGCCACCAGUGGCGCACGGUGACUGCUGGUGCGGGAGGUGCUGGCGCGGCUGCGGCUGGAGUGAAGCAGAUGGUGUGGCUGGUGCUGGAGCAACCUACCUCUGCUGCUGCUGGCGCUCGCAACUGUCACCCGUGCAGCUAAGUGCACUUCCCAACCCCGCUCCUCGUCCUUUUCACUUAUCUUUGCCUGCUUACGAUGGCCCGUGACACUUUCGCAUGGGAGGGGGUAAGAUUUGAGUGAGAUAGUACUGGUGUGUGGCGAUGGUAGCCCGUGGCACUGGGGCAGUAGGGCUCAUGCUAGAGUUGCAGGGGGUUAGAAACGCAUUCAUCCUCAUGCCCGCGUCCCUCUCUUACCUAGUCCCCCUUGCUUGCUAGCUCGCUGCCCUGGUGCCGUGCUCCUUGCGCUGCGCCUCCCACGAAGCUCCCAACCCCUCCCAUGCCGAGAUGCCAUGGGUUAUGCUCAAUUGCCUUUCCUCUUUUUGUACCCCGUACCCCGUUUCACAUGGUGCACUUCCUCGCCUGCUUGCUCGCACUUCCUUCAUGCGUUCGGUUUCGUGCAUCUCUCCCCAACCCAUUCCCUUGUCCCAGGCCCAACGGCAACAGAGCAGCAGAGAGUGCAAGCAGCGUCCUGCAAAGGAGAAGAGUGGGGCCCCAACCAUCAGGAGAAGUUCAUUUUGGGGUGAUUGGCGCAUAGCGAUGGUAGCGCAUGGCACUGGGGCGGAAGGGUUCAUACUAGAGUUGUAGGGGGUAGAAACGCAUACAUCCUCAUGCCCGCGUCCCUCUCUUCCCUAGUCCCCCUCGCGUGCUAGCUCCAUGUCCUGGUGCUGUGCGCUACCAUCGCCCUUUCUCUUUCAGUUGGGCUUUGCACCGUGUU